GCGCCUCCCCCGGCUGUUUCCAGAACAACAGAGUAGGAGACCCCGCGAAAGACCGCCCACAAGACCCCUGCGCGCAGCCAUGAGCCCCGCCUUCCCCUGGUGCUCGGAGAGGGGCGGGACUUGGAGCGAGGCUGCUCCGUGACCCCACCAUGUCCUCCCCCACCACAAGUUCCCUGGACAGCCCCGUGCCUGGAAAUGGCCCUCCUCAGCCCAGCACCUCCUCUUCUUCACCCACUAUAAAGGAGGAGGGCCCUGAGCUGUGGCCAGAGGGUUUGAACCCUGAAGCCCUAGGCACUGAUGGGGCCAGCUCCGCCUUCAUAGAAGUCAUCCUAGAGCCAGAGGAGGAGCCGGAGCGCAAGAGGAAGAAGGGCCCUGCUCCGAAGAUGCUGGGCCACGAACUUUGCCGAGUGUGCGGGGACAAGGCCUCUGGCUUCCACUACAAUGUGCUCAGUUGUGAAGGCUGCAAGGGCUUCUUCCGGCGUAGUGUGGUCCACGGUGGGGCUGGGCGCUAUGCCUGCCGGGGCGGUGGAACCUGCCAGAUGGACGCUUUCAUGCGGCGCAAGUGCCAGCAGUGCCGGCUGCGCAAGUGCAAGGAGGCAGGGAUGCGGGAGCAGUGUGUCCUCUCUGAGGAACAGAUCCGGAAGAAGAAGAUUCAGAAACAACAGCAGCAGCAGCAGCAGCAGUCACUCGUGGAGCCAGGUGGCAGCAGCAGCUCAGCCUCUGGGCCUGGGGCGUCCCCUGGAGGGUCUGAGGCAGGUGGCCAGGGCUCAGGGGAAGGCGAGGGUGUCCAGUUAACAGCGGCUCAGGAACUAAUGAUCCAACAACUGGUGGCGGCCCAACUGCAGUGCAACAAACGCUCCUUCUCUGACCAGCCCAAAGUCACGCCUUGGCCCCUGGGUGCAGACCCCCAGUCCCGAGAUGCCCGCCAGCAGCGCUUUGCCCACUUCACGGAAUUGGCCAUCAUCUCAGUGCAGGAGAUCGUGGACUUUGCCAAACAGGUGCCUGGCUUCCUACAGCUGGGCCGUGAGGACCAGAUUGCCCUCCUGAAGGCAUCCACCAUUGAGAUCAUGCUGCUAGAGACGGCCCGGCGCUACAACCACGAGACAGAGUGCAUCACCUUCCUGAAGGACUUCACCUACAGCAAGGAUGACUUCCACCGUGCAGGCUUGCAAGUGGAGUUCAUCAAUCCCAUCUUCGAGUUCUCACGGGCCAUGCGGCGCCUGGGCCUGGACGAUGCAGAGUAUGCACUCCUCAUUGCCAUUAACAUCUUCUCUGCUGACCGACCCAAUGUGCAGGAGCCAAGCCGCGUGGAAGCCCUGCAGCAGCCCUAUGUGGAGGCUCUGCUGUCCUACACUCGCAUCAAGAGGCCACAGGACCAGCUUCGCUUCCCACGCAUGCUGAUGAAGCUUGUGAGCCUACGCACGCUGAGCUCCGUCCACUCGGAGCAGGUCUUUGCCCUGAGACUCCAGGACAAGAAGUUGCCACCUUUGCUGUCUGAGAUUUGGGACGUCCAUGAGUAAGGGGCUGGUCAUCCUGGUCUACAACCUUGCCUGACCACCCUGCAACAGAUGGACGCUGUCACUCUCUUCUUCCUGGGGUGGAAAGGGGCCAGGGCAGGCCUAUGGUUUCACCUGUGACCUGAAGCACCCUUAUGGUCCCUCCCUUCCCACUGAGUCUUCCAGGAAGGGUGAUGGGUCACUGGUCCCGACCUCCGACCUUUCCCAGCUGCCCUUCCCACCCAGCUUACACCUCUACUGCUCAAUGCACCUUGAACAGAGGGAGGGAAGGGGAGGGCCCAUAACUUCACAGGCCUGGAGACCAUAGGUCCCUCUCUUCCUCUGCUCCUUUUAUUUAAUAAAAACUAAACACAAAAACAAGAAAAUACGAAAACAAGCCAACCCUUAAGUAU